UUCUCACUUUGACAGUUCCACCUAUGUUUUGGGCCAUCGCUCGCGUACCAACAACAAAGUAAACAAAAAAUGGCUUUAGAUUUUUCUGCAACGUAUAAAUUACUAGUUUUAGGUGAUUCUAAUGUAGGCAAAACGUGUAUAGUGCACAGAUAUUGUGAUGAGAGAUAUUACGAUAUAUACAUAUCCACUAUAGGCAUAGAUUUCAAACAGAAGAUAAUAAACUUAGACGGCGUGCCAAUCAAACUCCAAAUAUGGGACACGGCUGGUCAGGAGAGGUUUCGAACACUCACCACGGCGUACUAUCGCGGUGCUAUGGGCAUUAUACUUAUGUACGACAUCACUAAUCUGGAGUCAUUCAAUCAUUUGUCGUACUGGCUCAGGAACAUUCAAGAGUACGCGUCUCCCGACGUGAUCAAGGUGUUAGUCGGCAACAAGUGUGAUGUUCACGAGAACCACAGAGCUGUACCAAAAGAGAGGGGCCAAAAGAUAGCGGACGACUUCGAUAUGCCGUUCUUCGAGGUGUCGUGUAAAAGCAACAUAAACAUAGAAGAAGCCUUUUUGACAUUAGCCAGGAAAAUUAGAGAAUACCGAGAGACCAAAGCGGAUGCCUUCGAGCUGAAGGAAAGGGACAACGUAAUAAAGCCUUCUGAAUCCGAGACGGACGUGUCAAAGUGUAGCUGUUAGCCUAAUUAUUGUAGCAUUCCUGCGUUCGUAGACCGCAACGAUGAAUGAUGUCGGCCAAGUUUUCAUCUGAGAUAUGAUAGGCUUGACUGAUUUACUGUUUGAUAUUAUAUGAGUUUUAUCGACUACAAUGUCAGUUUAAGGCGUCGUCUUAAUUGGCAGCGAUCGCACGAUGGCGCGAUGCGUUUUUCAUCUCGCGAUCUCACUAUCUCACUUGCGAGGUUCAAAUAGGACACUCUGAUGAAAUCUGUAUGUUUGAACUCAUCGAACGACGAGAACGCAUCGUGCCAUCGUACAAUCGCUGUCAAUUAGGACGACGUCUUAGAUGAAAAACGCAUCGCGCCAUCGUGCGAUCGCUGCCAAUUAGGACGACGCCUAAGACUUAUAAUAAUCGAGAACUGUGUAGUAUUGCUGUUUGAAAAGAUAUAGCAAGUAGGUACACGACGAUAAAGAUGAAUGAACAAAAUCAGUCUCCUGUAAAAUAAAUUGUAAGCGUUGUAGAAUACAAACACAGAAUGAUAGAUACAGAUAGUCUAGUCUGAUAUCUCAGAUGUAAACAUUGGCGAGCGCCCAAAUCAUGCGUCAGGGGAAUCAAAGUCGUUUUCUCUUUGGUAUUUACAAGUACGCUGACUAAUCAGAAAACGGCUGACAAGUCUUGUUUUAAAACCCUCUUACCACUAAAAUAACGUUUAGGAUUUAGUUAAUUUAAAUUAUUAAGAUAAUGAUUUUAAAAAUGUAGUCUGGUAAGAGGGUGGGAGUGGUCGCUUUAUGCAAUCUGUGUGCUAAUUUGGCGAAAUAGGGCGCACUAUCGAGACUGUCAAGACACAUCAUUUUUGCCCCUCUUGUGAGGAAAUGAGCGAAAAUUAUGAGUCUUAAGGGACUCGAGAGUGCGUGCUAGUUCGCCUGCGUAUAAGACCUAUCGCGAUUUCUGAAUGCACCUUAUAAUGAAGUGUUACUAAACGUCUCAAUCCAUAUUUUCUUUUCCUCAAAGUGCAAUAGAUGUAUUUAUCAAAAACAAAAAGAUAAAUAGACCAGCGGCUACAUGGAUUUUCGGUACAUUUUAUCGGUUUUUAUUCGUGAAAUUUGAAAUACCUAAUUUAAUGAUACGUGAAAUAAGUUAGAUUUAAAAAUAGUUGUAGAUUUCAUUACCUAAUUCUAUCAUAGAAACUACUAACUAGAAAUAUUUCAAUUUCAUAAACCUAUACUUAAUCUAUACGGUGUAAAGUCAAUUUUAAGAAGUUGUAUGUUCAAGUUUCACAAAUAAAAUUGAUAAUGAAAUGCUAUAAAUAAGAAAGUGACAAUAAGUGAAAAACUAUGUCAUUAUGACUGACCAUCAUGAUAAAGAAAAUAGUUUCCAUCUCGGUGCAGUCAAUAAUAAUUUUAAAUUGAGGCAGAGCGCAGAUGUUUUGAAAAGAUACAUCUAGGUACCCAGACGCGUAUCAAAUUUUGAAUUCGUCAGGGUGGCCGAAAGCUCUUUAAAUAACACCAAUUACCAAUAAAUUCUAGCUGGUCGCAUUUAUCUUGUUUUAAUUAUUAACUAAAUUUAAAACUACUGACACUGAGAAGGCCUUUAAUGUUGUCGGUUUAAAAGUAUUAAUAAAGCCUACGCGACUAUCAGACUUGCUCAGCAAAUAUUAUAGACUCAAUAAUAAAAAGCACAUUAUUAUAUAUCUAACGAAUUUAAAAAAUAUAUAGGAGUCGUUUUGUAUUAGAUGCGUUUGUUGAUAAUUGCAUUUCCAUUAAAAUUUGGCGAAAGGUUACAACUAAUGCGGUCAUUGGAGACUUAUUUAUAAGCUUUUAAUGUUAUAUUGUUAAUAAGCGUACACCUAUUUUAUGCUUAAAACUAUACUCAUGUUUGAAACUUAAAUUAGAUACCUAAUGAACUGAGGAAUCUGAAAAUCCAUAGUUACAACGUGGAAGAGGAUAAGAGUGUAAGACAAACAUACAUAGGCAAUUUUUAAAUGUUGCCAAAUUCUGAAUAAAAGACAUGUUCCCUAAUGUAAAUAGACAAAUAGUCGCCUGCCCAGAGAAAACCUUGUUAAUUUCGUGUGGGUGCUGCUUAAUUUUUUCUUAACAAGUCAUAACAUUGUACCUAUGUAAAGCAAACUUUAGUUCAACGCUUCAGAAAAUGGUAGCUUUUAGUUAAUAUUUAAUUUGUGAAGUGGAUAAACAGUCAGAGCAAAAAUCUAAUAGGGCCGGCCCCUAAAUACUGCUGGACAGUAAAAACAACACUUAACACUUACAAUGAUACUAGAUCAAAUUACACCAGAUUUUGCAUCAGGAUUCAGAGCUGUGACUGUUCAUUAAAAUAAAUAUCAGUGAUCCUUCAAUUUGAAAAACAUUCUUGAGAAUUUCAAGACCUUUUGAUGGACCAAGUGUUCAGCUUGAUUCAUUCCGAUAUUGGUAUAGUUUCACAGACUGUAUUAAAGAGGUAGUAUAGUGUGUGUGUGUGUUAUAUUUCCCUUGCUGAAGUCGUAAACACCUAUCCACUAUUUAUUGUAUGUUACACACUUCUAUUCUAUAUAAUAUGCCAAAAUGAUUUGUGAGAAACCUACGUUUUUGGUCUUGCAUGAGUUGAUAAUGCGCUAAAUUGGUAAUGCUUUGUACAACGAAUUAAAAUUUAAUACUAAAUAUCAUCUUUGAAAUAUUGUUAAAUCCAAAUAUGUAACUUCAGAAAAAUAAAAAUUACCUUCUUUAUGAUACUGUCGUAUACAUAGCGCUGUAUUAAUAUUAAAAUAAGUUAAAAUAAUAAGAAUAUUGUAUUGUUAAGCUUAGUCAUUGUUAUAUUACGUUUAGUUAUCGCUCGCAGCUCCAAUAGAACGCACUAGUCGUAACAUUUUUUACACUAGCACAACUAAACUAACAUUAGAUUUUAACAGUUCAAUGUAUAAUAAAAGUUUUAAUAUAAAAUUAAA